AUGCUAUAUUCAGUGCAUCAAAAUGAUGCGCAAUAUGUAUUAGAAGUGCCGCUUGACGUGUCGCAAUCCGUCGAGUAUGAGCAUCCAACUGUCAACGAUUUCUUACGCAACGACCGUCGUAAUAUUCCCGACUUUUUUUGCAAGAUAGGCGCGCUGAACCCCAUGACAACGCAAGAAUUAUUUGAUUUUGUCACAAAUCUUUGCUUUGCUGAUGACGCUGUGGAUGAUCAUCUUGAAGCAGUUCAGCGCAUGAUAGCUGACCGACCGGUGGACCGCACCAAUGAGGAGCAAGUUGACGAGGUGCUCGCGUACCAAGAUGGUACAAUAGAAAAGACAUUUGUGACAGCAAUAUCGCGCCUUGAGUUAGAGCAAAAUACAGGGCCAGGUUCGGUAGUGCGAGGCACACGUAUCAUGGAUUUGCUCAAUGAGGAAGAUGAUCGGGAGAUUGACUCUUGUGAUAAAGAGGACGACAUAGACGCGGAAGAUGACA